AUGCAUGUCGCCGUAAUCGUCGCGACAUCGAUGGCGACCGGCGAAGCCGAGCGUGGACUGGACAAAGAGAUCUGUGAUCGGUUUCGGCGGCUGCAGGACUUCGAUCGGAAGGUCAUGACGGAGCUUUUCCAUCUCUCAAUUGUGAACGAUCGAGUGCGCGUCCUGCUCGAAGACGCACUUGUUAGGAGGAAGAAGACUAUCGGCAUCGACAUCAGGCACGAGUUCUCCGUGGAAUUUGUUUUACUCUUUUUCGGUGUCGUGGAGAAUGUUGUUCGCACUGGGAGACGACUGGGUGAUCAGGGGCACAUCGACAUCGCCACUUUCGCGAAUACGAAGCUGGAUCGUUGUCUGCACUAG